AUUUGUACGGUUAGUCAGGAACUCAAGAUGGCUGAGGGAGGUACUCAGGCGACGUUAUGCAGGUACUUUCUCAGCGGGAUGUGCAGAGACGGACAGCGCUGCCACUUCUCCCACGACCGGGCAGCGGGCGCCCCCGAUAAUGUCUGCCGGUACUACCUCAAGGGAGAGUGCAUGUAUGGCAGCCGGUGUCGGUACGACCACGUCCGCACGGACCGCAACAAUUCCACGGCCGGCGCGAGGCCCGGCAGAAACAAGGGACAGAAUCGAGGCCACGCGGCGGACGGCGCCGGCCGGCGAGAACAGAACCACGUGGCACCGACGUCCGGUGGGAACUCCUCUUUGUCCACGGGCAACCACUCCAACGGUCACGGAUCGCAGCCAGGGCCGUUGACGGUCCUGAAAAAGGCCGGCAACGCGGCUUCUUCGUGGGACGGCGAUCCAACUUGCAAGGCGCUGCGCUCUUCGAGUUGGGCCGACGCCCCAGAGUUCGUGCCCAAAAGUGGGGCAUCCAAACCGGUCCGGUCGUAUGCGGCGAUCGUGCGGCCCGAGGGGUCGUCGCAGAAGGCGUCCUCGCGGGACCUCUCCAAGGAGGCGGCCCUGCCCCUGUGCCCGUACGAGGUGGCCAGCGACGGGUGCCCCCUGGGGGAGCGCUGCUCCUAUCUGCACGGCGAGCUGUGUGACCUGUGCGAGAAGCCCUGCCUCCACCCCUUCAACGAGGCCCAGAGGAAGCAGCACAGGGAGGAGUGCGUGCUGAAGCAUGAGCAGGACAUGGAGCUGUCGUUCGCGGUGCAGCGCAGCACGGGCAAGGCGUGCGGCAUCUGCAUGGACAUAGUGCUGGACAAGGAGCCCCCCUCGGAGCGACGCUUCGGCAUCCUCGAGAAGUGCAACCACAUCUUCUGCCUCAACUGCAUCCGCAAGUGGAGGGGCUCCAAGCAGUUCGACUCCAAGACCGUCAGGUCGUGCCCCGAGUGCCGCACUCCGUCGGACUUCGUCACUCCGAGCAGCUUCUGGGUCGACAUGGGUUCGGAGAAGGACAAGCUGAUAUCAGACUACAAGAAGGCUCUCAGUGCGAAGCCCUGCCGGUACUUCCAAGAGGGCCGGGGGGAGUGCCCCUUUGCCGGCGCCUGCUUCUACAGUCACACGUAUCCGGACGGACGAAAGGCCGUCCUCCCGCCCCCUCGGCCACGCAGGAGGCAGAACCACAAUGGCGACCUCGAAAUCAUGGAUCGCCUCUACCUGUGGGACUUCCUGGACGUCGCGGAGACUCACAUGCUGGGCCCCUUCAACCUGGAGGACAUGUUCGAAAUCCUCUCGGAGACUGAGGACUCGGACUCGGAUUGGAGCGACAUCGACAUCCUUCUCACCUGAAGCACACCCUACCUCCGCCGUCGCCCACAUUAUAUAUUUUUUUUUUCGUCUUCUGCCACUUGUUUUGUUCCAGGUCUUACUUUCUUUCUUUCUUUUUUUUUCGCUGUUUUGUUUCACUUGUUUUGUCCUGUUGAGUUUCGGAAAAAAACAACAAGAGGGCGUGCACCGUCCCUUCCUCCCCUUCUGCCGCCCUCAGAAUUGAGCCUUAUUCUUGAGCUGCAGGUUAGCAGGAACGAUGAAGUCCGCUUUUUGACCAAAAAUCUAUUGGAGCACAUCGUUUUAUCCAUCGCUCUCGUGUGGUCAGUUUGUUUUCCACAAAACGUCUCCGCGCACACCCCCCUCCCCUAGUCCGUCGGAAGCGGACAAGUUGUAGAAAACACAGUGGGUGUCAGGAAAAAGGGCUCACCCUUCGAGAUUGUGCUUAAAAUGCAACAACUAAAAGCGGUGCGUCGCAGUUCAAUAUUUUUUUUCUUCUCUGUAUAUAUUAUUGUUCGAGGAUACUCCUAGAAACUUGAAUUUGUCUUGUGGUACGAAACGGAACUACCGUCUCAUUCGGUCUGUUGUAAGCAGUUUCAGUCGUAAGAAAUAUUGGGCCUCUUUGUUUUGCUCUUCUACAGUCUAAAUUUUACGGCUCAUCAUAAUUUAAUAACCAGCAGAGUGAACCUUCAGGAGGAUAUAUAGAAUGUUCCACAUCCAGUUGCUGUGCUUUAUGGCGGAUUUUAUGGCACAAGCUCUUAGGCACCCAUUACAUAUACAGUAUAGCGAAUAAUGACGCUACAAUGUAGGAAGAAGUGAUUUACGAGCCACUACCAGUCAGAUGCACAAUUGUAAAUCUCUUCUAAAAAAAGAAAAUACUGUGGUGUCUUGUACUGCCCAUACUUCCUACCACCCACCUUUACUGCCAGUAUUGUGGGUACCUGUUGUAGCACAAAUACGCACGGGUGUUUUUUUUUUCUUGUAGUCGUGUUUGAAGUGGUGUUUGUACCCCACCCCAGUUCGUAUAACGAGAACAAGGUGUGGCGAGACGUGCCUAUCGCUUUGGAGGGAGAGAAAAUAGCGGCGUUUAUGCGACAACGCGGGAUCCUUUUUGUGCGCGUCUAUAAAAGGGACACCGGAGGCGACGGCGUGUGGUUUUGUUUUUGCUCACAGGAAGGAGGACGCCGAAAUGCAUUUUGCCACGUGUGGCUGAGAAAAGGUUAAGUGUUUGUUGCCGGAAUUUCCGAGCCCUAUGUAUGAGAGGUAGAAACUCUUUUCAGAAAGACGAGUUAGGAUUAUUUAAUUCGCGUCACUUGCAAAUAUCGAACGAACUUCAAAGUAGCGGAUGAUUGUAAAGCUUAUGGUCUCGCAAGGCUUGCUUUUGUGAUUUGGUUUUGGAGACCCGUUGCUACAGUUGCCUACGUAGGAAUUAUUUUUCCGGGUUUUUUUUUUUUUCUGGGAGCACAAUUUGAGCGGAUCUGUUUUGGAUCAAACUGUCAAAAGAUCCGUUUCGGUAUGGCUGCCUGCACCGAACGGUAAAUGCAAAGCUCGCAGCUGUGGCAACGUCCGAGGAUUCAAGCCGGUCUUUAAUAAAGCAAAGAGUGUCUCUGGA